UUGUAGUGUUUUAUAGUGUUGUAAUAUAUUUGUGUGUGUUGAUAUCUUCUCCAUGUCUCUCAGAAAGGAAACUCUUUCCGCUCAGCAACUUCACGUUGCUGCGAUUAGGGGAAAUCUCAAUCUUCUUAAUAAAGUUUUGGACAGUGGAAAAGUGUAUGUAGAUUGUAAGGAUGAGGACGGAACUACAGCCUUAAUUUUGGCAUGUGCCAAUAACCAUUACGAGUGUGCUAAAGAGUUAUUGAGUCAAGGAGCUGAUCCAUCCGCUAGACGAUUGACUGGAACGACUGCUUUAUUUUUUGCUGCUCAAGCUGGAUAUCUGGAAAUUGUGGAAUUACUGUUAAAACACGGAGCAUCUGUAAAUGUAUCAAGUAUAGUAUGUAAAAUUUCAUUUUGA